UUGCGCAAUUGUGCGAAAAUUGGCUACAAAAACGGUAUAAAAAGGGGAAUCGGUGCUGCACAAGGCACAUUCAGUCCUCUGGAGAAACAUGGCUCGUGCUAUUUGUCUGCUUGUGCUGCUGGUGACCAUUCAGGUCAUUCUUUGCGACGACAACUCUUCUGGUUCGCCCGGAUCACGUGGAAUGCAGAAGGGGCGGCCCCGCAACGGCGAUCGAAAUGGAAACUCAGAUUCUGCAGACUACCCAGAUAGCAAUAACGGCCAAUCGGGCCCACAGAGGCAGCAAAACCAGCAAAACCAGCAAAACCGAAAUGGCAGACCCAAUGGUGGAAACAAUGGGGGAAACAGGAAUAAUAAUAAUAACAACAACAACAAUGGCAGAUCUGAUAACAUGAGACCAAGAGGCAGCAAACGACCAAAGACCACGACCACGACCGAUUCAUCUUGAAAUUCUCCUAGACACGACCACGCUUUUGUUGAACUAUGAAAUUGAUUUUAAUAAAUAAGCAAUUUCAAAGCA